AUGCAAGAGAUCAUGGAGAUGCCCCGCGAGUUCAUCAAGGAUGGCACUCAGUUCAUCAACCGCUGCACUAAGCCCGACAAGCGCGAAUUCCUCAAGAUCAGCCAGGCCGUCGGUGUCGGUUUCCUCGUCAUGGGCGUUAUCGGUUACGUCGUCAAGUUGAUUCACAUCCCCGUCAACAACAUUCUCGUCGGUGGCGCAUAA